AUGGAAGCAGCACCAGGCUAGAAGAACAGUUAUAGAGCAACUGCGAAUCGCUCAGCACAAUGAGAAGUUCAGCACUCUGGACAGCUCUCUGCAUAUGCAUGUAUGGCACAGUGGUGGAUUGCUCAGUGAAGAAGCUUGGCAAUAACACUGGGCGUUUCGCCAAUGCCACUCUGGUUCGGCUAAAUGAGUUUUUAAGUGCCGGAUAUAAAAAAGGAGUUCGACCUGUGCGCGACUGGAGGCAGUCAACGACGGUGGCAAUUGACCUUAUGGUUUAUGCCAUUCUCAAUGUGGAUGAGAAGAACCAGGUUUUGACAACAUAUGUGUGGUACAGACAG